AUGGAGAAGGCAGAAAGGGUUGUUUCUGAUGAGGAGGGUUGCGCAUCUCGGUCUACCCAUCAGGAUGAAAUGCAAGCAGACAAGAAAACGACCCCUCAGGACGCAGACAAGACGGGAGACGUAGAGAAUCACAGCACUGAGGGAGCUAUAUAUUCCUCCUUCAGCAAAAGGACCAAGGUCUUUAUCCUCAUGAUGGCAACAUUUUCGUCCGUCUUCUCGCCUCUGUCGACAACCAUCUACUUACCGGCUCUCACUCCUCUUGCGGACGACUUGGGUGUCUCCAACACCCUCAUCAACCUGACGUUGACAACCUAUAUGAUCUUUCAGGCCCUUUCACCAACAUUUUUCGGGGACUUUGCGGACACAAGCGGCCGAAGACCAGCAUACAUCACCACAUUUGGAGUAUACCUGGCCGCGAACAUUGGCCUGGCGUUGCAGAACAGCUAUCCCGCCCUGCUGGUGUUACGUUGUCUGCAGAGCACAGGAAGUAGCGCGACUAUCGCGAUCACGAUGGGCGUGAUGGCCGAUAUUGCGACUGUGUCUGAGAGAGGGCGAUAUGUAGGCAUGGUCCUGACGGGCACUCUGGCCGGCCCGGCACUUGGCCCGGUGCUCGGGGGCGUCCUUGUGCAGUUUCUCGGGUGGAGGUCAACGUUCUGGUUCCUGUUCAAACGCAUCGCCAGGAGUCUCGGCCUGCCCGUGGACCGCAAACGUGCCCAAAGCAUCAAAGAGUUCCCCAUCGAACGAGCCCGCAUCUCGCUCAUCUUCCCGUUCUUAUACGCGGGUAUGGCCGCCAUGAUGGCGUAUGGUUGGGCACUGGACCGGAAAGUGAUGCUCGCUGGACCACUGAUACUUCAGUUCGUGGCGGGAUUCUGCAUUGGCAGCUCCUUCACCGCGAUGAGCACGCUCCUGGUGGACCUGUACCCAUCCAACCCAUCUGCGGUGACGGCGGCCAGCAACCUGACUCGAUGCAUGCUGGGAGCAGGCGCAACCGCCUCCUUCAGCCCUCUGAUCGAGCGGAUAGGAGUUGGCUGGUGCUUUACGGUGUGGUGUCUGCUGACGGUGGGGUUCUCUCCGGGGCUAUGGGCAGUGAUCCGAUGGGGUCCGGGGUGGAGGGAGGAGCGGCGGCAGAGAGUCGCCAUGGUUACUACCUCGUAA